AGUAAUCUUCCUCUUCCCCAAAUUUAACCCCUUUUUCUUUAAAAUAAAAUUAAAUAAAAUCUUUCUGAAUCUUGUUUUAUAUCCUUCUUUUGAUCUUUUUUUCUUCUGGAGCUUGAUUUAUCCACUUCAUUUUCAAUCUCCAAGAAUCGGUUGAGAUCGGAUUCAGAUGGUGGUGUUGAGACAAUUGCACGACCUCUAAUCUCAACCAGAGAACAAGAUCUGCGUCGACUGUGCCCAAAAGCAUCUGCAAUGGGCUUCGGUCUCCUAUGGCAUCUUCAUGUGUUUGGAGUGCUCCGGUGCACCGUGGUCUCGGCGUCUAUAUUUCUUUCAUCAGAUCUGUUACAUUGGACUCUUGGUUUUGAUGGAGGUGAAGCAGGGAGAUCAGGCUGCUUUGCUGCGGCUGCUCACGAAGGAGAUGAGGUGGUGCUCGGCGGGUGGAACGGGUUGGGCGGUUGGCGCGGGUCGAACGAGUCGAACGGGUUUGGACGGACCAACUCUCAAAACGGGUCGAAGCAUGCACUCGGCCCGUUUUUAAACCCGGGUCCGGUUGAACCGGUCCAACCGACCGGGUCGGGCUGGGCUUUAAAACAGUGAUUUUAGUUAUGUCCCUGACUCCCUGCUUGGAUUUCUUAUUUUUAAACUUCUGAUAAAUUGGGUUCUGCAGUAUGCAAAGUUUGUCAAACCUGC